AACAAAGACGUUACAGAUCAGAUUUUGCACCACGUAAAACUAAAUACCGUAAAGCUCAUAAAGGUAGAGUUCCGGUACGUGUAGGUGGCUCAACAAAAGGUAAUACAAUAGCAUUUGGAGAAUACGGUUUAAGAGUUACAUAUGGAGUACGUCUAACUUCAGCUCAGUUGACAGCAGCACGUAAUGCAUUAAAACGUAAGUUAAAACCAAUAAAAGAAGCAAAACUUUGGAUGAGGGUUUUUCCAGACAUUCCAGUUACUGCUAAAGGCAAUGAGGUUAGGAUGGGUAAGGGUAAAGGAUCAUUCGAAUAUUGGGCUUGUCGUGUACCGAUGAACAAGAUUGUGUUUGAGAUAGGUGGUGGAAAUAUGAGAAGAGAAGUAGCUAAAGAUAUUUUGAAGAUGGCAUCUGAUCGAUUACCAGUGGUGACUGAAUUUGUAGAAAUUGAUCGGAAAGUUGCU